AUGACAGGCGUUGAGACAGGGCUGACUUCAGAGGUGGGGGAAGCAGCUUGGAGGCUCUGGCGUCUCCGUGGUCCCGGGCUCCUCGCUCCCCGGAACGGUGCGGUGCUGCUGGCCUCCGCCAAGGUUCUGAACGUCUACCGGCGUGUGUGUCCCGGCAUUUCCAUGUCCACACAGACGGAAGAGAGCUGGCUGCGGGAGCUUUAUGGGAAGCUGUUUGCGAGUAAGCGGCUGCGCUCUGGGGUCUUGCUGGGGGAGGCCUGGGCCUGCUCGGGCUGGAAGAAGGGAGCUGGCCUUGCGUUCCUGCCGGAGGCCAGACGGCCACCGUGCUGGGAGGAGGAAGAAAAAGAAGAGCGCGAAGACGUCACUUCCAGGGAGACAGAGACGCUCAUCUCUAGAACGUUCGGAAAAUGGGUCAUCAACCCAGAGGAGCUGAAGCUGAGCAUCCUGUGCGAGCUGGAGUUUCAGGAAGACUUCAUAACACUGUUCGACUCCCCGCUGAGGACGCUGCCCAGCAUCGGGCUGCCGCCCAUCCUGGCCUACAAAUGCGAGAAAGCCACGCCGGACAUUAACUUGCAGCAGGAAGAAGAGGAGGAGCAGUUGCUCCGCUGCGAAUUCUGUGGUGCUGACCUUCAGGCAUUUUUUUCCUACACGGAUUUCGGCUCCAAACCCAAAGAACAUGGGUACUGCUGCCUCCACUUCCAGAACCUGGUCAACUACAUCCACGAGGAGAGCCAAACGGUAAAAAUCCCUUCGGUGGAGUUGAUCAGCAUCAAGCCUCACGCAGCACACGGCAGCGAGAUGGAGAGGAUGAAGGCCAGGGAGAAGGCCAUGUGGAGGAAACAGGAGCGCCAGCUGGCCAGGCAUUUUGCAAUCAUCACCAGUGAGCCCAGCAACUUCUCAGAAGAAGAGGCAAAGCACAUAAAGACAAUUUCUUACCAACUUUCCAUGGACGUGCCAGAAAAAAAGCCAAUGGAAGACUUGUAUGAUUUUUAUGUAAGAAACUGCAAGAUGUCUGUCAUUUGUUGUGACUCCAAGAAAGCAUGUGGAAAGGUGGUGAAGAAUGAGUUCCUGGAAAAAUAUUACAAGCAGGGAAACAAGUUCCUGACCUCGUUUCCAGACGGAACCACACAGAUAUUCUACCCGUCGGGGAACCUGGCCAUCCUCCGGCUACCCAGCAGGACCAGCGGCUUCACCUGCAUCGUCCAGGCAGACGCAGCCGUGGCCCCCGCCAUCCUGGCUGUGCUCGACUCCUCGGGCAGAGGCUCCUGCAUCCACCCCAACGGCAAUGUCUGGGUUUACAUCAACCUCUUGGGAGGCCAGUGCUCAGACCCCGCAGGAAACCGAGUCAGAGCCUGGAACUGGUCCAGGACCAGGGCGGCCUCCUCCUUCGUCACAUUCAAGCCCGUCUUCCUGGCUCUGAACCAUCACGUCGGAAUCCGCAUCUUAGGACAAGACAAGAUUUCCAUCACGUUCCUAGCCAUGGGCCAGCAAGCCAGCAUCAGUGUUGGAACCAAAGUGAAGAUGCUCUGGCCCCGGGACAUCCCCUCUCAGCUGCACCUGAGCGAGGGCGACCUGCUGCUGCUGGCCAGCCUGAUCAAGAUCCGCCGCCUGCUCCACCGGCUGCAGACCUUCGCCAGCUUCCCCUCCAGCUGCGUGCAGGAGAAGGUGACCCAGCCCUCCUACCUCUCCUCACUGUGCCUCAAACUGACGGCCCUGUGCCGCUCCGCCGGCUUGCAGGAGGACAGCCUGACCACCAUUGCAGACAUAAUAAACGAAAAGCUGUGA